UCGAUGCUCCCUCAGUCUCCACCUCAUCCCGUCAUCAUCCUCUUCAACGUUGAACGAGUUUAAAAAAUUCAACAGCUCCACAGCAGGACAAACAUUCACAGAUAAAUAUAAAACAGGACAGAAGUCUCAAAAAGAAAAGAAUUUUCUAGAGGGAGAGAGAGAGAGAGUGUGUGUUUGAAGUCAGCUCCAGAGAAAACUGUAAUUGAUGCCUACAGUUUUCUGCAUAUAUUUAAAGCUUCCGAAAAAACAUUUUGCUAUGCUGCAUAAAAUUUUCGAUAUUUUUUCGUUUCGGUCGUAAGGAAGCGAAGACUUGAGGGUUGUGAGAGUUUUUGCGAGGCGGAAUGGCCGCGCAGGGAGGAGAGGGAGGUGGAGGUGGAGGUGGAGUGGCGGUGGUGUUGUGUGGCGGAGCGGUUAGCAAUGCGUUGGACUCGCUGUCUCCAGCUCCGGCGCCUGAUGAUGGAGGAACUGUGGAGGAAAAUUCUGAGCAGAAUUCGAAUUCACCGAUCCUGUUUUUUCUAUUUUUUCAUAAGGCAAUUAGGUUGGAGCUGGACUGUCUGCACCGCUCGGCGUUGGCGUUUGCGACUGGGAAAUUGGUUGAUAUACAGUCGCUGGUGGAGCGGUACCAUUUUCUUAGGUCAAUUUAUAAGCAUCACUCGAAUGCUGAAGAUGAGGUCAUUUUUCCAGCUCUUGAUAUACGUGUGAAGAAUGUAGCCCCAACAUACUCCCUGGAGCACAAAGGUGAAAGUGACCUUUUUGAUCACUUGUUUGAGCUGCUAAAUCCUAACAAACAGAAAAAUGAGAAUUUUGCAAGGGAGUUAGCAUCUUGCAGUGGAGCACUCCAAACAUCAAUUGGCCAGCAUAUGUCCAAGGAAGAGGAACAGGUCUUUCCUCUGCUCAUAGAAAAGUUCUCAGUUGAAGAGCAGGCAUCCCUGGUUUGGCAGUUUUUGUGUAGCAUUCCAGUAGAUAAGCUGAAAGAAUUCCUUCCCUGGCUUUCCUUUUCUAUUUCACCUGAUGAGAAUGAGGAGAUGCAGAAGUGCUUGUGUAGGAUUAUUCCAAGGGAAAUACUCCUUCAACAGGUAAUUUUCUCAUGGAUAAAACAUAGAGAACCCACCACUACUGUUACAAGCAAUAGUGUCAGCCCUCAGAUCCAACGCUCCUUAUAUUCUUGUGCUAGCAAAGCGAGUCACGAACAUUCAGGGGGAAAAAAGUGUGUAUGUAUACCUUCAAGGACUGGCAAAAGAAAACAUACAGUUGCUGUGAAUGAUGCAUCUGAUUUGGAUGGUGAUCAUCCGAUAAAUGAAAUAUUGCAUUGGCAUAAUGCUAUUAAACAAGAGCUAGAAGACAUUGCAGAUGAGGCUAGGAAAAUUGAGCUCUGUGGAGAUUUUUCUGAUCUGACAUCAUUCUAUGAAAGACUACAGUUUAUUGCUGAGGUUUGCAUCUUUCACAGUGUUGCUGAGGACAAAGUAAUAUUCCCUGCUGUAGAUGGAGGAGUCUCCUUUUUCGAGGAGCAUGCUGAGGAAGAAAGCCAAUUUAAUGAGCUACGGUGCUUGAUUGAAAAUAUUCAGAAUUCAGGUGCCAAUUCAGCUUCAGCUGCUGACUUUUUCACCAAGCUAUGUUCCCAAGCUGAUUUAAUAAUUGAAACCAUCAAGAGACACUUCCAAAAUGAGGAAACAGAGGUUCUUCCUCUUGCUCGAAUGCAUUUUUCCUUCAAAAGACAGAGGGAUCUUUUGUACCAGAGCCUGAGUUUGAUGCCAUUAAAGUUGAUUGAGCGUGUCUUGCCAUGGUUGGUAGGAUAUUUGACUGAGGAUGAAGCAAGGAAUUUCCUGAAGAAUAUGCAAUUGGCAGCACCACCACCUGAUGCUGCUUUGGUUACUCUAUACUCUGGUUGGGCAUGUAAAGGUCAACAUAAAGGCAUAUGCUUGUCCUCUAAUGUCACUGGCUGCUUGGUGAGACGAUAUACUAACCUUGAUAUAGAAGAGAACUACAUCCGAGGAUCCUGUCCAUGCACAAAUGUUUUUCAGAGUGAACGACCAGUAAAAAGAAAUCUCCCAAUUCCUAGUACAGAGGAGACUUUGUGUGGAAAUUCAGUAGAUGAAAACUCUCUUCAUUCAGCUGGUAAUGAACAGUCCUGUUGUGUUCCAGGGUUGGGAGUUAAUGGUAAUAAUUUGCGACUGAACACUAUUUCUACCCCAAAGUCUUUUUGUCCGCUGUCCUUCAGUUCUUCUGCGCCUUCUCUUAACUCCAGCCUUUUUAUCUGGGAGACUGAUAAUAGCUCUCCUGGUGUUGACCGCAUCGUGCAUCCAAUUGAUACUAUAUUUAAGUUUCAUAAAGCAAUACUGAAAGAUUUGGAGUAUUUAGAUGUUGAAUCUGGUAAGCUUAGUUACUGUGACGUGACUACCCUUCAGCAGUUCGUUGGAAGGUUCCAACUACUUUGGGGUUUAUAUAGAGCACAUAGUAAUGCCGAGGAUGAAAUAGUGUUCCCAGCACUUGAAUCUAAAGAGGCCCUCCAUAAUGUAAGUCACUCCUAUACAUUAGACCAUAAGCAGGAGGAAGAAUUAUUUGAAGACAUAUCUUGCGUGCUGUGUGACCUAUCAGAACUUCAUGAAGGCAUGAAUAGAAAUAGUAAGAUUGCGGAUCUUAACCUGACUUCCUUAGAUAAUGCUGUCUACGGUGAGGAUUGCUGGAGAAAAUACACUGAGCUGGCAACAAAACUUCAAGGCAUGUGCAAAUCAAUCAGAGUCAGCCUGCAUCAGCAUAUAUAUCGGGAAGAACUUGAGCUCUGGCCUCUGUUUGGCAAACAUUUUUCUGUGGAGGAGCAGGACAAAAUUGUUGGUCGGAUAAUUGGAACCACUGGUGCUGAAGUACUUCAGUCAAUGCUGCCUUGGGUGACUUCUGCUCUAACACAGGAUGAACAAAAUAAUCUGAUGGACACACUGAAGCAGGCUACAAGAAACACAAUGUUCAGUGAAUGGCUUAAUGAUUGCUAUAAAAGAACCCCUGAAUUAUCUGGGCAACCUGACAAAUCAGAUAGCAGCAGUUCUAGUACAGGUACUCAGUCUCAGGAAACCUUGGAUCAGGGUGAUCAGAUGUUUAAACCAGGUUGGAAAGAUAUUUUCCGCAUGAAUCAAACUGAACUUGAAUCAGAGAUUAGAAAGGUGCACAGAGACUCCACUCUUGAUCCCAGGAGAAAAGCAUACCUGAUUCAGAAUCUUAUGACUAGUCGUUGGAUAGCUUCUCAGCAGAAAUCACAAGUAUCAAUGGAUGAAAAUUCAGUCAGUGACGAAACUCUUGGACUUUCGCCUUCAUUUCGGGAUACACAUAAACAAGUUUUUGGGUGUGAACACUAUAAGAGAAACUGUAAACUCCGUGCUGCUUGCUGUGGGAAGUUGUUCACAUGUAGAUACUGUCAUGAUGAAGUGAGCGACCACUCCAUGGAAAGGAAAGCAACAGUAGAGAUGAUGUGUAUGGUUUGCCUGAAGAUUCAACCAAUUGGGCCAGUUUGCUCAACACCUUCAUGCAAUGGAUUUUCCAUGGCAAAAUACUAUUGCAGCAUAUGCAAAUUUUUUGAUGAUGAGAGGGAUGUUUAUCAUUGUCCAUCUUGCAAUUUAUGCCGUCUUGGGAAGGGUCUUGGAGUUGACGUUUUUCACUGCAUGAAAUGCAAUUGUUGUCUGGCUAUGAAGUUGGAAGAUCACAAGUGCUUGGAGAAGGCUCUGGAGACAAAUUGCCCCAUUUGCUGUGAAUUUUUGUUCACUUCCAGCGCAACAGUUAGAUGUCUACCUUGUGGUCAUUACAUGCAUUCAGCUUGCUUUCAGGCAUAUGCUCGCAGUAACUAUAUAUGUCCAAUAUGCAGUAAAUCCAUGGGUGACAUGGCGGUAUACUUUGGCAUGCUCGAUGCUUUACUGGCCAAUGAGGUGCUUCCAGACGAAUAUAGGAGCCAUCAGCAGGAUAUCCUCUGUAACGAUUGUCAGCGGGAAGGUGCAGCUCAAUUCCAUUGGUUAUAUCACAAGUGUGGAUUCUGUGGAUCAUAUAAUACAAGGGUCAUCAAGGCUGCAUCUGCAAAUUUUGAAUGCUCUACAUCCAAUCAUGAGGUUGAACCCUCUUGAAACGGGUCAGAGAAUCUGAACUUGUAAAUAGCACUGUACAGGAAUUGCAAAAUUUUUGUAACCAUUCUCCCCCCCUCCCUUUUUCUCUUUUUUGAAGUUUGUAGAGAGAGUAGUUGUCAUAUUAGCUGACAAAUUAUUGGGAAAGUUACCCCAUCUCGGUUAAUAGAAGACUUUAGAUGGUAAACUGACUGAUUGAUAAAUGUCUCAGCUUUGGCCAUGACUUUUGACGUUUA